AUGGAUAGAUUUCAAAAACAGAGUAGAAAAAUAAAAAGACACAUUGCAGACAUUCAGAACUUUGAAUAUAGAUCUGAACAGCCAUCAAACAGAUCGGUAAAAUUUCUCUCAAUACUGAAAAAUUCCAGAAUUCACAAAAUAAAAGACACACCUAAACUUAAACGUCAUAUCAUGCUGUCACUGAAGGAGGAAACCUUCAUGAAGGAUGUGAUAAGGUUGCUGAGUGAAAUCCAAACCAAAGAAUCGGGGAAAAGACAACUAGACCGCGUCUGGAUCAGCGAUGUGAUGGAAAUCAAGAUGUUCCUUACAAACAUUGAAGGAGAAAAACUACGUCAUAUAACAGAUAUGGUUUAUACUUUUGGAACUGUUGGAUAUCAUGCAGUAACCUCUACCUGUGAUCUUAUUUAUGUCGACGCUGAUGGAGAUCUGCUGGUUGGCAUUUGGGAUAUAGGAAAGGCGGGCAUAGUAAACCGUUACAACAGCACAGGAAAACACAUACAGACCAUUCAAAACAAAUUAUGUAGUCAACCAGUCUACAUCACGGAAAACCGAAAUGGCGAUAUUAUUGUGUCUGAUUGGGAUCGUAAGGCUGUAGUGGUGACAGAGCGUGGAGGAAAACAUCGUUUCUCCUACACAGGACGUUCUUCAUCAUCAUUACCGUCAGGAAUCAUGCCAUGUGGAAUAUGUACAGACGUGUUUUCACUAAUCCUCGUGUGUGAUGCAAACACCCGUACAAUACAUGUAUUAGACAAGGAUGGUAACCAACUGUCGCAAAUAUGGACAAAACAACAAGUGAAAUACUUUCCACAUAGCCUGAGUUAUGAUGAGAAAACUCACCGAUUGUGGAUUGGAUUCAGCAACAACAGAGUGUGUUUAUUCAGAUAUAUAAACCGACAAGACAUUUCGAUACGUAAUUGUGAUCCCCACUAA